AUGUCCGACCUGACGACGGUUUUCUACCCCACGGUAGCUAUUCUGCUGCUGGUAAUACCCAUCCUACAGUGGCUGAUCCGGCGUGUACAGAUGAGCCAAAUUUACGACAAGAUUCCCGGCCCGAAAGCGUACCCAUUCGUCGGUACGCUGUAUUUGUUUUUCGGCAAAAAGUCCCACGAGAUAUUCACGAUGAUCGAUCAAAGAACGCGCCAGUACGAUGGGAUUCAUCGCAUCUGGAUGGGGAUGACGCCGGAGGUACGACUGAGCAAGGCGGAAUACGUGGAACAGAUCAUCAGCGCAAGCAGGCACACUGAAAAGGCAAACCUUUACCGCUUUUUGACAGACUGGCUGGGGGAAGGUUUGCUCACAUCUAAAGGCGAACGUUGGUUCCAGCAUCGGAAGCUCAUUACACCGACCUUCCACUUCAACAUUCUCGAUGGGUUCUGUGAGGUGUUUGCCGAGAAUGGGACCGUGUUGGUCGAACGCUUGCAGCAACACGCUGACACCGGCCAUCCGGUGAACAUCUAUCCCUUUAUAACGAAGGCCGCGUUGGACGUAAUUUGCGAAACGGCCAUGGGCGUAAAAGUACACGCACAAACGAGCGGCGAAGACAACGCGUACGUGAACGCCGUUUACGAAUUAAGUUCACUGUUUCUCGAGCGGCUCGUACGCCCCUGGCUGCAUCCAGAGUGGACAUUUAAGCGAUCCGCACUCGGUAGAAAACAACGCGAGCUGCUUGAAGUGUUGCAUGGCUACACACGCAAGGUCAUCCGAGAGAGGAAGCUAGCAUUGCAGCAGAACGACAGCGAACGCUACCAGCCGGGGGAGAAUGAAUUCGGGCGCAGAAAACGAUUGGCAUUUCUCGAUCUGCUAGUCCGUAGUGCCACCGAUACCGGCCUCCUUACCGAUGAAGACGUCCGCGAAGAAGUCGACACAUUUAUGUUCGAAGGUCACGAUACGACUACGGCUGGUAUGAGUUGGGCACUGUUUCUGCUCGCCCUCCAUCCGGAAGUACAGGAACGAGUCCAUCAGGAAAUUGAUUCCAUCUUCAACGGUAGCGACCGGCCGGCAACGAUGCAGGACCUAAACGAGAUGAAACUCCUGGAACGGUGCCUUAAGGAAACACUCCGGCUCUACCCUUCGGUGGCCUUCUUCGGACGCACACUCAGCGAAGACGUUACGCUCGGCGGGUACCACGUCCCAUCUGGCACCAUCAUAGGCAUCCACACGUACAACGUGCAUCGAGAUGAACGAUUCUUUCCGGAUGCGGAAACCUUCGAUCCGGAUCGCUUCCUGCCGGAAAACAGUGAACGACGGCAUCCGUACGCGUACAUCCCGUUCAGUGCUGGACCGCGCAACUGCAUCGGCCAGAAGUUUGCACUGCUCGAGGAGAAAAGCCUCGUUUCGUCCAUUCUGCGCCGCUUCCGGAUCCGCUCGCACCGGACGCGCUCAGAGCAACUAAUCGUGAAUGAACUAAUUACCCGACCGAAGGAUGGAAUUUUGCUGUACCUCGACGAGCGUAAGCACUAG